UUGAAGGUGGUCGUGUCGGUCCGAGCCCGGGUGAUGGGUUGUCCUCACCGUGUUGCCUCUAAAGGACGCGUGUGUGUGGUUCGGUAAAGCGGAGACCCGCCGCCUCCACACGGACAGCUGCUGUCCCGCCGCGGCAGACAUCACUCUGAUCCCGGUUUGAGCCCAUCUCAAUGUGACAAUGGCAGACAGUUCGCACUGCUUCUACUGUCGGGAGGAUCUGGGAGGGAAGAGGUUUGUUCGCAGUGAGGGGAGACCCGUGUGUGUUCGCUGUCACACCAAGUUCUGUGCCAACUCCUGCGUCGAGUGCCACCGACCCAUUUCUGUGGAGACUAAGGAGCUGAGCCACAAAGGUCGCUACUGGCAUGAGGAGUGUUUCCGUUGUGCAAAGUGCUACAAACCUCUGGCCAAAGAACCAUUCAACACCAAGGAUGACCGCAUCAUGUGUGUGAGGUGUUGCUCCAAGGAGGAUGCUCCAUGCUGUCAUGGCUGCUAUAAAUCCAUACUGGCAGGCGCAGAGACCGUGGUGUACAAAGGAAAGUUGUGGCACGAUGAAUGUUUCAUCUGCUGCGGCUGUAAACAGCCAAUGGGUUCGCAGAGUUUCCUCUCUAAAGAAAGCGACGUUUACUGUACUCCAUGCUACGAUGAGAAAUUUGCCAAACGUUGCUUCAGCUGCAAAAAGCCGAUAACCUCUGGUGGAGUGAACUACCAGGAGCAGCCAUGGCACAGCCACUGCUUCGUGUGCAGCUCCUGCUCCAAGCCUCUGGCAGGGUCCAGCUUCACCAACCACCAGAACCAGGUCUUCUGUGUGGACUGCUACAAGAGCUGUGUGGCCAAGAAGUGCAACGGCUGCCAGAACCCCAUCACAGGUUUCGGUAAAGGCGUGAAUGUCGUGAACUUUGAGGGCAGCUCUUGGCACGAAUAUUGCUUCAACUGCAAGAGAUGCUCCCUCAGCCUGGCCAACAAACGCUUCGUGGCCAAAGGAAGAGACGUGCUCUGCUCUGACUGUGGCAACAAGGAGUGACGGGCGACUUUUGCAGUGCUAAAUAUAAGUUUUACAUAUGGACAGUGUCUACAUUUCAAUAUUCUCCCUUUUUCAGCAGAUUUUUCUGGUUGAUUACAGAACAACUUGGAUGUUGAAGAGAUUGCACCAGGAUGAACUUGUCCAGAUGUGAAUAAAGUAGAUAAACAGUUUAAUAAAGCUGGUCAAUAAAUAGUUUGAUUUCAAGAGGCUUUGCUUUCAGUUUGCAUUAAUGUCACAAAACGCUAAAAUUUCAUUUAUAAAGUCAUGCAAUUAUUGUUUGUAAUGGUGCAGGAAGUCAGCUAAAUAAAGCACAAGAAGGAUCUUUAAACUGUCUUAUUUUCUUUUCCUAAUUACAGGAAUAAUUAGUCAUGUUAGUCAACUUGUUUUGUUUAAAAGUAACAUGAUUCUGGGACCAGAUCAUCAAUGUUGUCAUCAUUUCACCAAACGUUUGAUCAAUUUAUGCUUUCAUGCACGUUUCCUGUCAGGUUUUACUCCACAAAUGUAAAAAACUUAAUUAAGUGCUGCAUGUUUUGUCUUGCUGCAGCGACAUGAAAUAAACUUUUUACAAAA